AUGGCGGCGGCGUCUACCGUGCGGGGCUACGGGCCAGCGUCGCCGUCGUCGUCGGUGGCGCUGCCUCGGCCGCGAUCGCGGUCGCCUGCGUCGCUCGCGCCCGUGACGACGCGGCGGGCGUCGUCGUCUGUGCGCCUGCGCGCGGCGGUCGCGGACGCGCCCCGCGGCGGCCUGCAGCUCCAGCGGCGGGGGGAGGAGGAGGAGGGGCUGUCGGGGACCGUGUUCGGCAGAGGAGAGGAGGAUGAGGUGUUGAAGAAGGUCGGGGAGGAGAAGGUGGAGGGGUGGAUGCGGGCGUCGAUCGCGGAGAUCGUGCGGCACAUCGGGGAGGCGCCGUUCCUGGUGCACCUGUUCAGCAGCGACGACGGCGAGGGCGAGCGCAUUACGGUGCGGCGGGAGCCCGCGGUGCCGGAGAGCUGGCCGGACGUGCGGCGCCGGUGGGGACCGGGCGGGCAGCGGAGGCCCGACGGGAUCAUCCUGGUCGAGCAGGUGGCCGCCGCCGCCGCCGCGGACGGCGGCGCCUCCGCCUCGGAGGCGGCGCGGCAGGUGUGGGGGCUGGUUGUGCAGGCGCGCGGCAUGGAGUGCGCGUCUUGCUACGUGCUCGACACCUGCCGCGUCCGCUCGCCGGCCGGGUUCUGUACGCACUUCUGCCUCGCGCGGGUGCAGUGCUUCGGCGACCCCGUCGAGCUCCAGCUCCGCAACGCCUGGCUCAACCGCCUCGCCGGCCGCCGAUAG